AUGAACCUCAAGCAUGUUGGCCGUCGUUCCUGGCUCUGCCAUGAGCCUCCGCUGCCUGUCCUUGGACAAGUCACUCUCCUGGUGACUCAGUAUCCCAGCUGUAAAAUGGAGAUUGCUGCUUACCUCAUAGGAUGUUUUGAGUAUGACAAGGAGUUCAUGCCUCACCAGCGGCACCACAAGGAGUUCAAAUUUAAUUUGUCUCAGAUUCCUGAGGGUGAGGCCGUCACAGCCGCUGAGUUUCGGAUCUACAAGGACUGCGUUGUGGGGAGCUUUAAAAACCAAACCUUCCUUAUCAGCAUCUACCAAGUGCUGCAGGAACAUCAGAACAGGGCCUCUGACCUGUUUCUGCUGGACACGCGGGCAGUGUGGGCCUCGGAGGAGGGCUGGCUGGAGUUUGAUGUUACUGCCACCAGUAACAUGUGGGUGAUGAGCCCUCAGCACAACAUGGGACUGCAGCUGAGCGUGGUGACCCGGGAUGGUUUCAGCGUAAAUCCUAGAGAAGCAGGCCUUAUAGGCCGAGAUGGCCCUUAUGACAAACAGCCUUUCAUGGUGGCCUUCUUCAAAGUGAGCGAAGUUCACGUACGGACCACUAGGUCAGCGACCAGCAGGCGCAGGCAACAGAGUCGAAACCGCUCCACCCAGGCUCAGGAUGUUUCCAGGGUGUCUAGCGUCACAGGUAAUCAUGCAACACAG